AGAAGAGCGCACACUCUGCUCGCGACAGGCAGCGCAAGCAAGCAGUCGUCGGCCAUGGCGACCGCCGCGGCGGCGUUCGCGGUGCAGGUGCUGCGCGGGCGGUGGUUCAUGGCGUACGGCUCCUUCCUCAUCAUGUCCGCGGCCGGCGCCACCUACAUCUUCGCCAUCUACUCCAAGGACAUCAAGACCACGCUGGGCUACACGCAGGAGCAGCUCAACACCGUCGGCUUCUUCAAGGACGUCGGCGCAAACGUCGGCAUCCACGCCGGCCUCGUCGCCGAGGUCACCCCACCGUGGCUCGUCCUCGCUGUCGGCGCCGCCAUGAACCUCGGCGGCUACCUCAUGCUCUACCUCUCCGUCACCGGCCGCGUGCGCCCCGCGCCGCCGCUCUGGCUCGUCUGCCUCUACAUAGCCGUCGGAGCCAACUCGCAGGCGUUCGCCAACACCGGCGCGCUCGUCACCUGCGUCAAGAACUUCCCCGAGAGCCGCGGCGUCAUGCUUGGUCUCCUCAAGGGGUUCGUCGGGCUCAGCGGCGCCAUCUUCACCCAGCUCUACCUCGCCUUCUACGGCCCCGGCGGCGGCGGCGGCGUCGACACCAAGCCGCUCAUCCUGCUCGUCGGCUGGCUCCCGGCCGCAGUCUCCGUCGCCUUCCUCGGCACCAUCCGCAUCAUACGCGCGCCGCGGUCACCCGUCGCGGCGCGCCGGGAGUACCGCGCGUUCUGCGGGUUCCUCUACGUGUCGCUCGCGCUCGCGGCGUUCCUCAUGGUCUCCAUCAUCCUGCAGAAGCGGUUCCCCUUCACCCGCGCCGAGUACGGCGUCUGCGCCGCCGUCGUGCUCUCCAUGCUCCUCGUCCCCUUCGCCAUCGUCCUGCGCGAGGAGUCUGCUCUGUUCAGGAACGCGCAUGAAGCGCGAGCAGAGGCGCCGGAGCCGUCCCCGGCGACCGUGGCCGCCAAGCCGGCGCCGUUGCCGGAGCCUUUGCCUGUCACCUCGAAGCCCGCGAGGGUCGGUGCGAGAUUGGUCGCCGCGCUGAGGCCGCCGCCGCGCGGCGAGGACUACACGAUCCUGCAGGCGCUGGUGAGCGUGGACAUGCUGUUCCUGUUCACGGCGACGGUGUUCGGCGUCGGCGGCACGCUGACGGCGAUCGACAACAUGGGCCAGAUCGGCGAGUCGCUGGGUUACCCGCAGCGCAGCAUCGCCACCUUCGUCUCCCUCAUCAGCAUCUGGAACUACCUCGGGCGCGUCGCCGCCGGCUUCGCCUCCGAGGCGCUCCUUGCCCGCCACCGCAUCCCGCGGCCGCUGAUCCUCGCUGCCGUGCUCCUCCUGACCGUGCCGGGGCACCUCCUCAUUGCGUUCGGCGUGCCGGGGUCGCUGUACGUGGCGUCGGUGAUGAUCGGGUUCUGCUUCGGCGCCGCGCAGCCGCUUAUCCUCGCCAGCGUGUCGGAGCUCUUCGGCCUCAAGUACUACUCGACGCUGUACAACUUCUGCGGCACGGCGAGCCCGGUGGGCUCCUACAUCCUCAACGUGCGCGUCGCCGGCCGCAUGUACGACAGGGAAGCGGCGCGGCAGGGCGCGGUGGCCGCCGUGGCCGGAAAGGGCGUCACGUGCAUUGGCGUCCGGUGCUACAAGGAGUCGUUCUUGGUCAUCACCGCGGUGACCGUAGCCGCGGCGGUGGUGACGGCGGUGCUGGCGUGGAGGACCAGGGAUUUCUACGCGGGAGACAUCUACGCAAAGUUCAAGGCGGGAAUUGGUGAAGACAGGGUAGAACCGAAAGAACAGCUGUAAGAUUGGACCACAUCCAUGGAAAGUUUUUUAGAAUAUCGAAAUGUUCUUGUCCAACUCCAACAAAUGUCACUGCAAAGAAACAUGAAAUCUGCAAUACUCAA